CUGUGCGUGAGAGCAAAGUGAGGAAGAGAGGAAUACGGCAGCAUCUCUUCUUCUUACCGGAGGAACCACAACGAAUCAUUAUCACAGCUAUAGUGCUACGGAGCAGUUACAUCUAAUCUUCGCGCUACCCAAUUCCCGGUACAUCUUCUAGGCCACCCAAGGGGACUAAACCGAAUAAAGGGAGGAGAACGUUAGGGAAGCCUUAUUACCGAUCUAUACGCACGAGGAGCCCAUAUAUAUUUACGGAUCUCACAGCAACACGAGGACUGACGAGGCCACCCCCACCUGGAUAACAAACCGCUUAACGUAGAACGGAGAGCUUUCGGUAACGCUAGUAAAUAGAGCGAGAAGACAGGAUGAUUCUCAAGCAUCACUUGGUCCUGACACUGUGCGCAGUCUACGGGAUCCUGCUAAAAGGGUCGUCCGGGCAACACCCCCUGGUCCAGAAUCAGACUGUGACAGAAGGCAGGACGGCCAUCAUGACCUGUAGAGUAGAAUACAAUGACCAGACAUCCCUCCAGUGGUCCAACCCCACACAGCAGACACUCUUCUUUGGGAACAAGAAAGCUCUGAGAGAUAACCGCAUAGAGCUGGUGAGGGCGUCGUGGUCAGAGCUGACCAUUAGUAUCAGUGAGAUCACACUGGCUGACGAAGGGAUGUACACCUGUUCUCUAUUCACCAUGCCUGUCAAGACCGCCAAGGCCUACCUUACUGUACUGGGAGUGCCAGAGAAGCCAGAGAUAGACGGUUUGACCAAGCCUGCCCUGGAGGGAGAUGAGAUCACUCUGACCUGUAUGACCCACGGCUCCAAGCCUGCUGCCAACCUCCGCUGGUUCAGGAAUGAGAAGGAGAUCAAAGGUGCCAAGGAGGUGAAUGCCAGUGGAAAGACCUUCACAGUGACCAGUUCUCUACAGCUGCUAGUUGACAGGGACGAUGAUGGGGCAGCGUACACCUGUAAAGUAGACCAUGUCUCCCUGUUACAGACACCACAACAGACUACUGAAGUACUGGAGGUGCACUAUGCUCCUCGUGCGUUGAUCACCCAGUCGUUGACGUUCCCUCAGGAGGGUCAGUACCUGAAGCUGGAGUGUGUCUCCAAGGGAAACCCAUCGCCAGACCCUGUGUUGUGGACUAAGGAUGGAGGAGAGCUACCAGACCUGGAGAGAAUGAUCGUACAGGGAAGAGAACUCACCUUUUCCGCCCUUAACAAGACAGACAAUGGCACCUACCGCUGUGUGGCCUCCAACCACCUAGGCACCAGCAGUGCAGAAUACAUACUCUACGUCUACGAUCCCAACGCCAUGGGGCAGCGUGGACCAGACCAUGCUCUGAUUGGUGGAGUGGUGGCGGUGGUGGUCUUCGUUACCUUGUGUCUAAUCAUCUUUUUGGGCCGCUACCUAGCCAGGCAUAAAGGAACGUACCUGACCAACGAGGCCAAAGGAGCGGACGAUGCACCGGAUGCUGAUACAGCUAUCAUCAACGCAGAGGGCAACACACAUGCUGAGGGGAAGAAGGAGUACUUUAUCUAGACUGUAGAGGGCGCUCUGAUCCGCUGCCCCAAAACGUGCUGAGGAGAAGAAGGAGUACUUUGUUUAGAUUGGUCUGCUGCCCCCUCUUUCUCUCUCUUUCUCUUUAUCUAACUCUCCCUCUUACUCUAUCUCCUUAUCUAUCUCUCUCUCU